AUGCAUAAAAGCAAGCCAUCCCGUUAUCAUUCAGUCUCCUGCUCCAUUUGUCACCUCCACUGUUUUCAGCAACAUCCCGACACAAUUCACGACGACUGCUACUCCAAACAACGGUGCAACUCCUGGAACCGUCUUUGUUGUGGUUCCAAUCGUCUGUGUCACCACGACAAGCCUUGGCGACUUUCCUCAAGUAACUGCGACUACUACUUACGAUGCCGGUGGUCCUUCAGGCACGAUUAUCGUGCAGGUUCCCACAGAGACUUUGGCAGCACCCACUGCAUGUGA